AUGGUUGUAGACCAGUUGACCCCGUUUUUAGUAGUAGAAGAAAUAACGCAUUUCUGGAUGAUUAGCAUUGAUAGUCAGACUGACUUAAAAACAAAGUGUGAAUUUAUUGUCAUACAGUUGAGUGGAAACCUGAAAGAUUCUAAAGAGGAGAUUAAAGAACAAAUAAAAGAGGAGGAUGAUGAGGAUGGGGUGAUAGAGAUGCCAGAGUUUCUAACAGGACACAAAGAUAUGUACCAGAACACCAUGGGUGAAGAUCUGAUGAACAUGAAAGUUGAGGGUGAAGAAGAAGAGACGUAUGUGAGGGAUGAUCAGCAAUAUAUAGAGGAGGCUGGAAUGGCAAGGACAUUUAAAGAAGAGGACACUCCUACAGAGAUUAUCACAGGUUGUAAAAUGGAAGAUGAGGACAUCACAAGAGAUUGUGCAGGAGAAAAUACAAUGAGCUCAGCUAUGGAUGGUGGACUUCGAAGUGUGGAUAGACCAUUUAAUUCCCCUGACACUGAGCAACUUUGUAUUAUGAGGGAUGGUUCUGGAUUUCAGAGGGAGAAGACAUUUUCUUGUCCUGAAUGUGGGGAAAGUUUUAGCUCUGAAUUAGGUCUUACUAAACAUCAGAUAUCUCACACCGGUGGGAAGCUUCAUUCCUGUUUUGAGUGUGGAAAACGUUUCCUUCAUAAAUCAGAACUUGUCAAACAUUGCAGAUCUCAUAAGGGCAAUAAGUCAAAUUCCUGCCCGGAAUGUGGGAAAUGUUUUACAUGGAAAUCAAAACUUGUCACACAUCAGAGAACUCACACGGGGGAGAAGCCGUAUUCCUGUCCUGAGUGCGGGAAAUGUUUUUCACAGAGAUCAGUUCUUAGGAAGGUAGGAACACGAGCCUACAGGAAGGAGAACAUUUAUAAACAACAUAUUGGCAGUCAUGUUCCCCCAGCCACAGCGUAUUUCCAAGUUGGCUCCAGUGAUGAAGAGGAUGGAGGGGUUAAUGAGGUCACUGACGUGCCUUGGGUGCCGGAUAGAGCAGAAGAGGAAAGUGAGGGGGAGGCACAAGUUCAACAAGGCAGGAUGUCUUUUAGAGGCAGUAAUCAUGAAGAGUAG